AUGGAACAUAUUGCAAUUAAAGAGAACAAUAACGUCUCGACACAAUCUAAUUUUUUACCUUUAUUAAUUUUAACAAUCUUAACUAUACUUAUGUCAUUUCUGCGAAAAUAUAAACCUUUUAAUUCAUGGAUUGUGUCACGAGUGAAUCAAAUGAUUUCACCAGAAACGAUGACGAAUGAUCAGUAUUAUAUAAUUACCAAUACUUUUAAAAUGGUACAUGGUCCAACCAAUGGUUCUCUGUCACACAACCGUCAAUUGUUUCCAUUGAAUGGGCUAUAUAAUGCACUAUUAAAUUUGAAUGAAUAUGGUGUAAGAUCAAAAAGACAAAAUAGCAUUAUACUCCAACGAGCAUUAUCAUUGAAUUCCGAGUUCAAGUCUCAAUUGAAAGAUAUUGAAUAUUUUGAUAAAUUGAACGAUGUGGAUUUGGCAGUUGUAGAAAACAAUAUCACUGUUAAAAAGAUUGUUGAAAGUACAUUGACUCGAUUGGUUGACGAUAACCAAAGCGUUUUAAGGGAAGGUGACAAUUAUGAUAGUGCAAUUUUUGAACAAGUAAAAAUGGUUUGUGAACCACUUGGCUACACCAUCCAAGCAGGCAAUACGGUGCAGUUGAAGCGAAAAAAAGAACCCACGAUGAAUUCUCUUCUAAGUAAAAGCUCUAAUCAAGCUCGUGUAGUUGAAUCAUUACAACAUUUGGUUAGAGAUUAUAGUAAAGAGUAUGAGAUAGAACUAAAUCCAUUGCUGGAUUAUGUAACUUCGCAAAUGGAUGACUUAUACACCAAUUUUCAAGAUGAUAAGGUACUUAUACUGGUUCCAGGACCCGGCGUUGGUAGAAUCCCAUUUGAACUUGCCAAAAAAUAUCCUAAAUGUCAAGUUGAAAGCAUUGAAUUAUCUAAUUUGAUGUAUUUACUCAAUGAAUUUGCAUUAACCCAUCAAGAAGAUAUCACAAUCAGACCAUUUGCACAAUAUUUUUCCUCCCAAUUAGAUUCUGGUGACCAGUUACGAGAAUUUAACGUGCCUCUUAGCUGCAUCAGGAAACUCCCUAAUUUAAAUAUUAGACACGGUGAUUUCAGAAACAUAAGUAUAAACGAAAAAUAUGACAGAAUAGUCAUAGUGACUGUUUAUUUUAUUGAUACAGCCGAGAACAUACUUGAGUACAUCGAUACAAUGGAGAAGUUAACUAAAUUCGCCCAUACAAAGCAAAUAAAUUGGAUCAACAUAGGCCCGCUAAAAUAUGGAACUAAACCUAAUGUGCAAUUAACAUUUAACGAGUUGACUAAAUUACUAGCAAUAAGAAACUGGAAAAUGAAGCAUGUUGUCAUAAACAAUGACGGCAAUAAACUAAACGGAUAUUUAACCGAUUACAAGUCGUUAUACCAAGGAUAUUAUGGAACGGUAGCGUUCCAUACCGAAUACAUUGACUAA